UUUUUGAGAGUCAGUUCCCUCGACAGCAUAAAUUGGAGCGGGGGCGGAAGGGAAGUUGCCGGCAGAGCUGAGUUUGAGUUGUUGUGGAAUUCCAACAGCCAACAGAGCAUCCUUCUUCCUUCCCCGCCGGCCGGAACAAUGGAUCCCCGCCGCCGAUCCACCAAAAAGCCACUUGCCCAGCCCCUCAGUAACCUCCACCGUCACUCCGCCGCCGGCCACCACCAAGAAGACGACAGCCAGCGCAGGGCCUCCGACGCCCUCCCACUCCCACUCCAGCUCACCAACGCCCUCUUCCUCGUCCUCUUCUUCUCCGCCGUCUACUUCCUCCUCCGCCGCUGGAGUGACAAGAUCCGCACCCAAACCCCUCUCCACGUCCUCACCUUCUCCGAAAUCCUCGCCCUCCUCGCCUUCCUCGCCUCCUUCGUCUACCUCCUCGGCUUCUUCGGCAUCCAAUUCGUCCAGUCCUUCCUCCUCCGCCCCGACGACGACGUCGCUGUUGAAGGCGGAUUCGCCGCCGCCUGCCCCCAAUCACAGAAUUGCGCAAUCCCCGCCGCCACUCCUGACCUAGCCGCCGCCGCCCCAAUUGAAUUAUUACUUCCCCAAAACGACGAGGAACUCGUCCAAUCCGUCGUCUCCGGCACCGUACCUUCCUACUCCCUCGAAUCCAAAUUGGGGGACUGCAAGCGCGCCGCCGCCAUCCGCCGCGAGGCCCUCCAGAGGAUCACCGGCCGCUCCCUCUCCGGCCUCCCCCUCGAGGGAUUCGAUUACGAUUCAAUUCUAGGUCAGUGCUGCGAGAUGCCCGUCGGAUACGUCCAGAUCCCCGUCGGAAUCGCCGGCCCACUUUUGCUCGACGGCACCGAGUACUCCGUCCCCAUGGCCACCACCGAGGGCUGCCUGGUCGCCAGCACCAACCGCGGAUGCAAGGCGAUUCACCUCUCCGGCGGGGCCAGCAGCGUCCUCCUCAAGGACGGGAUGACCAGGGCGCCCGUCGUUCGAUUUCCCAACAUCGCGAGGGCCGCACAGCUCAAGUUCUACCUGGAGGAUCCCCGCAAUUUCGACACGGUUUCCAUGGUUUUCAACAGAUCCAGCAGAUUCGCCAGGCUGCAAAGCGCGAACUGUACAUUGUCCGGGAGGAGCGUCUACAUUCGAUUCUGCUGCAGCACUGGGGAUGCCAUGGGGAUGAACAUGGUCUCCAAAGGUGUUCAGAAUGUGCUGGAUUUCCUCCAGGAGGCUGAUUUCUUCCCUGACAUGGAGGUCGUCGCCAUCUCCGGCAACUUGUGCGCGGAUAAGAAGCCUGCAGCUGUGAACUGGAUACACGGCCGAGGGAAGUCGGUGGUGUGUGAGGCCGUGAUCAAAGGAGACGUGGUGAACAAGGUACUGAAAACCAGCGUGCAGUCACUCGUUGAGCUGAACAAGGACAAGAAUCUGGUUGGUUCGGCCAUGGCAGGGGCGCUUGGCGGGUUCAAUGCUCACGCCAGCAACAUCGUGAGCGCGGUGUACCUGGCCACGGGGCAGGAUCCGGCGCAGAACGUCGAGAGCUCGCACUGCAUCACUCUGAUGGAGAGUACGAAUGACGGGCGGGAUCUCCAUGUCUCGGUCACCAUGCCCUGCAUCGAGGUUGGAACGGUGGGAGGUGGGACGCAGCUCGCGUCGCAAGCUGCGUGCUUGAACCUGCUCGGGGUGAAGGGCGCCUGCUACGAGGCGCCAGGGGCGAACGCGAGGCGACUGGCGACGGUAGUUGCGGGGUCUGUUCUGGCCGGCGAGUUGUCGCUUAUGUCGGCGCUCGCGGCAGGGCAGCUGGUGAAGAGUCACAUGAAGUACAACCGGUCCAGCAAGGAUGUCACCACCCACAAUGCUGCUGCUGCUGCUGCUGCUUCAUCGUAGUUUAAAUUUUCUUUGAAUCGAAUAGAAUCAAAGGGAGGGCCAUUGUCGUUUGGUCAAUUGCAUUUUGGAGAGACAGGGAGGAGGCUGUAUUGCAUUUUAUGGUUAAGCCAUCAGGGUUCUGAAAGUAAGGCUUUUUUUCUGUAUAGAAAUGACUUUAAUGGUUAAGCCAAGUUUUUCUGUGUGUCUCCUGCCGGCUGUGGCUCUCUUCUUUCUUUUUGGAAUGUGUUGUUUAGGGUUGCAGAAGCCAGUGUUUGUCCCCUAAUCUUGCACUUAGCUUUUUGUAUGCACUUAAUUACCGAGGCUGUACGAUCCAGGUAAUUAAAUGAUAUGCUGUGAAAAUCAAAAGGCAUGAAUGAGACUGAUGAUGAGAUCAGAAGAAAAAAGGAGGAAUUACAAUUUGCAGAUCUUUCUGGGUUUUUGAUUGCAUGAUAGGUUGGUUUGAUGAGCUGAAUGACUUGAAGAACAAGUAAAGAGAAGGUGACAGGGACGCUCUUCUUGCCAUAAGAAAAAUGAUCCUGCAGAUGAGGUUGUCGGGGUUUGCUGAUGACAUGUUGUAUCUCUACCCCGCCGAUACGAAAGACAUCGAGUUCCUAAGGUCGGAUGAUUCAAUUCCUAAAUGCAUGAGGGACGUUUUCUUCCGACACCAUUCCAACUUUUUCGAAGGUAAGUUUGUCUUCCCUGCCUUGAUUGGUUGUGUCAUUCUUUAGCCAUUGAACCAAGGGGUUUGGAGAUUGAGAAUGCGAUUUUGGAUUUCUGGGAUUGGUAAAUAACAUCUAAAGAAUCUAUCUGUAAGAACAACUGAUGAUGAUGAUGAUGAAUGACUUAACCUUGUGUGCAAAUGGCUUAUAUGAUGCUUGAUGGCAACAUUAGAGCUCAUCUGCUAUGCUCUUAAAGUAUUAGUGCUUCCAAGUAUAAGUUUAACUUGUACCAUAACGCGUUGAAGGUACAUAUUCAAUUUGUAUCGUAAAAAAAAGUUAGACCUAAAUGAUUAUGUUGCACUCAUUGUUAUCAUUAGUGAACUAAAACGAAUUGUUCUAACUCUGGUUGCAUGUUGAAGAGGACGAUACAUGAAUUCCAGAACGCGUUCAUCGUUGAUAGUAGUAAUUUGGGAUUCCAGUAGUCAUAACUUCUAAUUAAGUCGAUUAUUAUUUAUGUAUAUGACAUGAGAUUCUGCUUAUUAAUUAACCAGUAGUAAUUCCCGUAAGUUGUUUUCUAUAAUCAUGGGCGAGUUCGUUUUGAUUGGUUUGGUUUUUCGCUUUUCCGUGCACAUUGAUCCUCAAAUGACUUUUUCCCGACAAUGGACGAGAAAGUACGAGAGAAAGUCGAUUUGUGUCGGAAUGAGGGCAAGGGGGUUGAAGAGGCCAGGCAAUUGCAGGAAGAUGUGGAGAUUAGAUACCUGAUGGAAUAUCUAAAGAGAUUAGAGUCGAGGGGCUGUGCGGAUUCGACAUAUAUUGAUGUUCAAGAAGUCGAGAAAAAUUAUAUACAGGAUGGAUGAGCCACGACAUGCUUACUACUACUACUAGAGUACUAUCUAAACUCUUAAGUGAAUUAUUUAUAGUGCUGCAAAUAUUAGUGUCGGGUUCCUUAGAGGAUAUGGAAAACAAGGUUUGGUGAUGAUCUUGUUUGAGUAUUGGUGCUGAAUUUCUUAUUUGGUUAGGUUUGUUAGCGGGAGAUACAGCCCAUUUAUUUUGUACAGGUAGCCCAUAUAUAGGGAUGAAAGUUUGGUACCGGUAUUUGGGAUAUACCGAAUACCGUACAGAACUUAUUACUAUUUGGUAUUAUCGAAUACCGAUUAAUUUUUUAGGGAUCGGGAUUGGGAUUUAUUUUGGAGUGCUAUUCGGUAUUCGGGAUUGGAAUCGGUAUAUACCGAAAUAUAUCAAAAUACCGAGAAACAAUAAAAAUUAAAAAUUAAU